AACCCACAACCUCCUGACUCAGGGAGCGCUGAGCGCUGAGCGCUGAGCCAGGCCGACACAGGGUGACUCACCCGCUCGCGUGGUUUUUCAGGGCAACAAAGGACGGACGGGAGUCAUCGUCGCUGCCUUCAUGCACUACAGCAAGAUUUCCGCCGGAGCUGACCAAGCACUCAGCACACUAGCGAUGAGGAAGUUCUGUGAGGACAAGGUAGCACCGACCAUUCAACCUUCCCAGACCAGAUACAUUUAUUAUUUCAGUGGUUUGCUGUCGGGAGCAAUCAAGAUGAACAGCAUGCCUCUGUUCCUGCACCAUGUCCUAAUCCCAUCUAUUCCCAAUUUCGAGCAGAACGGAGGUUACCAGCCGUUCCUGAAGAUCUAUCAGUCCAUGCAGCUCGUCUACACGUCGGGAAUCUAUGGUGUCCAGGGGACAAGUUGCAAAAGGUUGUGCGUUACGAUCGAACCGGCCUUGCUGUUGAAAGGAGACAUCAUGGUGAGUUGAACGCACCGCUCUCAAGGCUAUCCA